GCAGAUGACGCGCGGCUCGGGCUUCCGCCUUGGGGAGCCGGCGGCGGAGUCCGGGACGUGGAGACCCGGGGUCCCGGCAGCUGGGCGGCCCGCGGGCCCAGGGUGGGGAUGCACCGCCGCGGGGUGGGAGCUGGCGCCAUCGCCAAGAAGAAACUUGCAGAGGCCAAGUAUAAGGAGCGAGGGACGGUCUUGGCUGAGGACCAGCUAGCCCAGAUGUCAAAGCAGUUGGACAUGUUCAAGACCAACCUGGAGGAAUUUGCCAGCAAACACAAGCAGGAGAUCCGGAAGAAUCCUGAGUUCCGUGUGCAGUUCCAGGACAUGUGUGCAACCAUUGGCGUGGAUCCGCUGGCCUCUGGAAAAGGAUUUUGGUCUGAGAUGCUGGGCGUGGGGGACUUCUAUUACGAACUAGGUGUCCAAAUUAUCGAAGUGUGCCUGGCGCUGAAGCAUCGGAAUGGAGGUCUGAUAACUUUGGAGGAACUACAUCAACAGGUGUUGAAGGGAAGGGGCAAGUUCGCCCAGGAUGUCAGUCAAGAUGACCUGAUCAGAGCCAUCAAGAAACUAAAGGCACUUGGCACUGGCUUCGGCAUCAUCCCUGUGGGCGGCACUUACCUCAUUCAGUCUGUUCCAGCUGAGCUCAAUAUGGAUCACACCGUGGUGCUGCAGCUGGCAGAGAAGAAUGGCUACGUGACUGUCAGUGAGAUCAAAGCCAGUCUUAAAUGGGAGACCGAGCGAGCGCGGCAAGUGCUGGAACACCUGCUGAAGGAAGGGUUGGCGUGGCUGGACUUACAGGCCCCAGGGGAGGCCCACUACUGGCUGCCAGCUCUCUUCACUGACCUCUACUCCCAGGAGAUUACAGCUGAGGAGGCCAGAGAAGCCCUCCCCUGACUGCGUGUGGAAGGGCACACAGCAGCAGGCAGGGAGGAGGAGGAGGUGGCAAAUAAACCUGGGCAAUUUUGUUUAUAAAAAAAAUAGAAAAAAAGUUCCAAGUUUUUCUUU